AUGACCAACUACGGAGACGCCUGGUCCACGACCUACGACACCUACGACACCACAGGAUCAGCCUACAACCCUGCGGGCUCAACCUAUGAUACCUUAGGUUCAACUUAUAGCCCCUCGGGCUACAGCACCUACGGUGCAACGGACUAUGGUGCAGUGGGCUACGGUUCAAACGCAGCUGCUACAACUUACGAUACCGAUACCGGCCGCGGUACCACAACAUACGACCCCCAGACCGGUGCUUAUGACCAACAUCUUGAUUACAGCACCCCCACCGGUCGACGACACCACCGCGAGCGAGUCAACUCGAGUGGCACCUAUCGGCACCGUGACGUUGAUAGGUUUGAUGACGGAUCCACCCGUGUUCACAAAGAAUACGACAAUCCAAACACUGGUACCAGCUACCACCGUGACUAUGAGCGAUAA